UGGGGAUGAGGAUGAGGUGCUGGUAGGCUCACCCACAUCUCACCCUAAGCCCAGAAUAAACUGGAGAUGAAUUUGGCGCACUUUUUUGGGUGUUCUUACCCUUUCUUCUUUGUGUUCGUGGGUGUUCGUGGGUGUUCUUUGGGUGUUCGAAGGUGUUCGUGGGUGUUCAUUCAAAAUGUAUGCUUAAAAAGCGAAAUUAUAAAAACUUUUUUGAGUGUCCGUUAGACGUUGCUAUACUCAGCUCGACGAGCUCUAUCGAUUGGCUAACUCAGAUUUUAAUUUGGGAGUGUCUGUGGGUGUUCGCGUCUUUUAGCAAUACCCAACAACAUCCAGUUCCGUUCAGUUCCGCUGCAUAGCAACACCAGCGCUACUACUAACUGACCAUACCCAUUCUACAUAUAAGAAUUACCAAUGCCAUUACUAUACAAGUGCGUACAUUGUCUGUCCACAAAAAUAUUUACUAUUAUUAUUUGUUUCAGACAACAUUGUUUUUAUUUUUUUAAGCCGUAUCAUCAUCAAAAACAACUUCUGUUGCUGUAACAAAAACCAGCAGAAAACACACAAUUCGAACAUCAUCGUCACGACGAUCAAGUGGAACUGCUGCUGCUAUUAUUACAGCAUCAUCAAAGAAAAAAACUACAGCACGGACUGCAAGUGUGUUGACUACAGCACGGGCUGCAAGUGUGCUGACUACAGCACGGGCUGCAAGUGUGUUAACUACAGCUAAGACCAGGACUACUGCUGCUGGUGGUGGUAGCGGUGGUGGUGGUGCAACAUUGGCAGGUGAAAAAAAGUCUCUAAUAUCAUUAAUAAAACGUCUUGUAUAG